CGGCCGGGCUGCGGGGCCAGUCGUCCUUCUGUUCAGCUCGGCGCACAAUGUGUCACUCUCGCAGCUCUCUCCCUACCAUGACCAUCCUGCGGGCCCCGACCCCGGCCUCCUCCACCAGCCCGGUGCCCCGGCGAGGCUCUGGUCCCGAGAUAUUCACCUUCGAUCCUCUCCCGGAGCCCGCGGUGGCCCCAGCCGCGCGCCCCAGCGCCUCCCGCGGGCUUCGAAAGCGCAGCCGUCGGGUCCUCUACCCACGAGUGGUCCGGCGCCAGCUGCCAGUCGAGGAUCCGAACCCUGCCAAAAAGCUGCUCUUUCUCCUGCUUACCAUCGUCUUCUGUCAGAUCCUGAUGGCUGAAGAGGGUGUGUCGGCACCCCUGGCCCCUGAAGACACCCCCAGCGCCUCAUCCCCCGCGCCCACCGCUGAGCCCCCGGUUCUUGAGCCCCUUAAUCUGACCUCGGAGCCCUCGGACUACGCUUUGGACCUCAGCACUUUUCUCCAGCAACACCCAGCCGCUUUCUAACCCUGACUGCCCACACCCCCAAAAGAAUCUGAAAACACAAGGAAACACCGGGUGUACCUGGUGCGCAAGAGCGUAUCCCAAACUGGGACUCCUGAGGCAACUCACACUCAGAACACUACAGCGGAGACGCCCGCCCUGGGAGCCUGGGAGAGACAGGCACCGACACGCUGGGGCUGGGCCGGAUGGGGAGGAAGACUGUUGUUAAUUUAUUUCUCAUUGCUCCUAAUAAUAUUUAUAUGUAUUUAUGUAUGUCCCCCUAGGUGAUGGAGGGGGGCACCUAAUAUUUAUUUUAACUUAUGCUGCGGAGCGAGAUGUGCUCCCUGCUGCAAGUGCAGAUCUCUGGGUAUUUAUUGAGUUCUGUGGGAUUGGUGGAGGCAAGCACCAGAAUUGAGGGAGGGUGGGAGAGGGAUGGAGAAAACUGGGGUCCGGGCUGGGAAUCGAAGACGGUGGUGGGUCCUAGGUUUAGCGGGUGACACUUUAGGUCCUCCAGCAUCUGAACUCUCGGCUCUACUAUGUGAGGCUUCGGGGGACCGUGGAAAUAUUGUCCUUGGCCUUCGAUCUCCUUGAAGUUGCCCCCAAGGGGUGGCUGCGGGGGUGAGUGGGCUGUCAGAGGGCGGCUGUGGGGUCGCCCAGUAUGUUCUGUGAACACAAAUAAACUUGAUUUACUGUCAA